AUGGCAGAAAUGAUAAAAAAAACUAUAGAAGAAAAAGCAAUAAUAUAUUGUGCUAGAAAACAAGACUGUGAAGAUAUACAAGAUGAAUUGCAAUUCAAGUUACCAACCUAUUCAUUAGAUAUAUUUUAUGGAGGUCUAAAAAAUAGUCAUAUAAUUUCUGAUUCAUGUAAUAAAUGUGAUAAUUGUAUUCGAUAUGAGGAAGAGAAUCCGGAACUUCUUGAUGCCACAGAAGAAGUGUAUGAAAUGUUAGAAGUUGCUGAGGUGUUAACGUCUGAAUUUUCUGCUGAGAUUUCUCCAGAGGAUAUAGUUGAUAUAUUUAGUCGCUCUAAUACAGAAAAAAUCAGAAGAAAUAAAUAUAAUCAGUUAGUUUUGCAUAAAAGAAUUAAAUUAUAUGAAGAAAAGAACCAACUAUAUUAA